AUGAUGGCAAAUAUCUACCUAAAUUAUCAUAAAAUAAAGUUCUAAAAUAAUAUGAUCUUGUAGCAAUAAAAACUUAAAAUGAAAAAAUAUUUCAUAGUUUAUGUAUAGAAUAUGAUUGCAAAUUUAAUAGGAAUAAAAGGUUUUGAUUGCAUUACGAAAAAUCCAUAAACAUGUUUAUAAAGAGCAAAUUAUAGAAAAAAAUAUGCAGGAACUAUUUGUAAAGCUAGUAACGAAGAUAUUUUUAUUUUUGAAUAAAGAAAAAAUAUGAAUAAGACUUAUAAGUUUGAUAUGGAUUUUUUUUAAGAUAAAAAAUAAGAACUUGAAGAAAACUUAUAUAACUAAUUAUUUAGUGCACUAAAAUAUGAAUUUUAAAAAAAAGAGACUGUUUUGUAUUUUAAUGGGCAAGUAGCAAAUAAAUUUUAUAUAAUAUUAAAAGGAGCUUGUUUAUUAUAUAUGCUUAAAAAUACAGAAGAAGAUUAAAUUUUAUAAGAAGAAACAGAGUUUCUUAAAUUAAAAGAAAAAAACGAUGAAAGCAAUGACGAUGAAUUUAAUACUUUUAUAAAUUGUUGUUUCUAAAAUCAUUAUUAAAUUGGAAAAUAUGUAUAAGGAGAUUCUUUUGGAGAUAUAUAAAUAACUAAUAAAUAAUAUAGAAUUGGUACUGCUGUAUGUUCAUAAGAUUGUAGUUUUGUUACCUUAAGUGAGUUUUUUUAAAUUUUAUUAAACAAAAUAAUUGCUUGA